ACGUCGAAUAUCUUGUGGAUUACAUUAAACUCCAGAUUUGCUGUUUUUGUGUGGAAAAACGUUUUCUUCUUCUUCUCCUCCUCCAGUGUCAACAAAAACAACAACAACAACAACAAAAUGUCUUUGUUAACCAGCAACAGUCACUCAAUGUCGGAGGAAGAGAUUGAUGAAUAUUCCGAUGGCACUAUCAAAUUACGUAACCCAAAUAUUGAACUCAUGGAUCAGGACAUUCUCUAUCAUUUGGCCUUGGGCAGUGAAUCUCACGAUUUGAAUGAAAUGUUCGGUGAUGUUAAGUUCGUUUGCAUGGGCGGGACACCAAAGCGUAUGGAGAACUUUGCACAUUUCAUUAUGAAUGAAAUCGGCUACAAAUUACCUGCAGGCACGAUGUUGCAGGACAUCAGCGCCUACUCGUAUCGGUAUUCGAUGUACAAAGUUGGACCAGUGCUUUGCGUCAGUCACGGCAUGGGAACGCCCUCUGUUAGCAUUCUGAUGCACGAAAUGAUCAAACUGAUGUAUCAUGCCAAGUGCCAAGACCCGAUCUUCAUACGUAUUGGCACUUGUGGUGGCAUUGGUGUAGAGGGUGGCACUGUCAUCAUCACCGAGGAUGCUCUGGAUGGUCAGUUGAGGAAUUCUCAUGAAUUUACCAUUUUGGGUAAAGUCGUUCAUCGCCCCGCCAAAUUGGACAAGAAGUUGGCUCGUGAACUUAAGGCCUUGGCCAGUCCCGAUGAUCCCUAUGAUACCAUAAUUGGCAAGACAUUGUGCACCAAUGAUUUCUAUGAAGGUCAAGGCCGUUUGGACGGAGCAUUCUGUGAUUUUUCCGAAGCCGAUAAAAUGGAAUAUUUACAAAAACUCGCCGACAAUGGUGUAGUCAAUAUUGAAAUGGAGAGUACCAUUUUUGCUGCCCUUACAUAUCAUGCUGGCAUCAAGGCUGCCGUUGUCUGUGUAGCCUUGCUGAAUCGUCUCAACGGUGAUCAGGUCAAUUCCCCCAAAGAAGUUAUGAAUGAAUGGCAGGCACGGCCACAAAUUCUUGUAGCGCGAUAUAUACGCAAAGUAUUAGCCCAAAAGGGUCAACUGAAGAGUCUAUUCAAUGCUCAAGGAUCGAUUAAGUCACCCAGACGUUUUAAGCUGGUACAACAGGAAUCGCAGGCCCACGAAUAGAGGAGAUGGCAAACAGGCAGACAAACUCACCAUAUAUAUACACUAAAACUACAACUUUAUAUAUUUAUUUUAAUCUCUAAAACUAUAAAUACCUAGGCAUAUACAUACCUAGUGUUAUAUAAAUAUAUAAACAAAUAUGUGUAAAAUUUGCAAACUUUUUUCUAAUGUAGUUAAAUUAUUCACUUACAUACAGACAUGUGUACUUAUUAUAAAAAACACAAAAACUCUAAAAAAUAUGUAUAUUUGUAUACAUAUAUGUGUGAACUA